AUGAUGGCAGAGAACAGCACAGCAGGGACAGAAUUCCUCUUCUAUGGUCUCACUCAGUCACGAGAUAUAGAACUUCUGGUCUUUGUACUUGUCUUAAUUUUCUACCUCAUCAUCCUCCCUGGAAACUUCCUCAUCAUCCUUACCAUAAAAUUAGACCCUGGCCUCUCUGCCCCCCUCUACCUCUUUCUGGGCAACUUGGCCUUCAUGGAUGCAUCCUACUCCUUCAUUGUGGCUCCCAGGAUGCUGGUGGACUUCCUCUCUGAGAAGAAGGUAAUCUCCUACAGAGGCUGCAUCACUCAGCUCUUUUUCUUGCAUUUCCUUGGAGGUGGGGAGAUGCUGCUUCUUGUUGUGAUGGCCUUUGAUCGCUAUGUUGCCAUCUGUCGGCCUUUGUACUACUCCACUAUCAUGAACCCUAGAGUCUGUUAUGUCUUGCUGGUGGCACCAUGGUUUGGGGGCUUUACCCACUCCAUUAUACAAGUGGCCAUUAUUCUCCACUUGCCCUUCUGUGGCCCAAACCAGCUGGAUAACUUCUUUUGUGAUGUGCCACAGGUCAUCAAGCUGGCCUGCACAGACACCUUCGCCGUGGAGCUCCUGAUGGUCUCCAACAGUGGCCUCCUCACUCUUCUGUGCUUCCUGGGGCUUCUGGCCUCCUAUGCGGUCAUCCUGUGCCGAGUGCGGGGGUCCUCCUCUGAGGGCAAGAGCAAGGCUCUCUCCACGUGCACCACGCACAUCAUCAUUGUGUUUCUCAUGUUUGGACCUGCCAUCUUCAUCUACACUCGCCCCUUCAGGGCCUUCCCAGCAGACAAAGUUGUUGCUCUCUUCCACACAGUCAUCUUUCCUUUGAUGAACCCUGUGAUUUAUACCCUUCGAAACCAGGAGGUAAAAGCUUCCAUGAGGAAGCUGUUAAGUCGGCAUAUGGUUUGUUGA